AUGAGUGAUGAGAAAGACACACCGGUGCUGCAAGCCUUCACUGCUGCAGGUGGUGAUGACAAGACAUGCGUUCGCCUCUUUUCCCGUGGCUCCUCUACACCAGGUUGUUAUGUGCUUGGUAGUUGGGCCACCUUCAUUGCUCGCGAGUAUAUCAAAUCCACUGCUGUACUGAAGAAUUGGUCUGGAUUGGAUGUCGUUACGGUGAAUGAUACUAUUGCAAAGGAAGUUAUUCGAGAUUGUCUGUUACGUCGUGGUGUCUCUGUGGAAUAUUAUGAACGCUCGCCUGGUACUACACCGUAUGUUUGUGUACAAAGAGGUUCACCUGGUCAUAUUGCUGAUUUUGAGGCAACUCUUUUUUCUUUUGAGGAUGCAGAAAUUCAGUUAAUGGCUACAGGUGCACUUGUGCUUGAGAAUCGAGAUGUUAACAGUGGAGGACAAGGUGUUCGUGUGGGAUUUGCUGCAGUAAAUACAACACUGAGGACGUUAACAUAUGCGGAAUAUCUUGAUACUCUGCAACUAAACAGUCUUGAUGCACUGAUGGCACAAUGUAAUCUAAAGGAGCUAGUCUAUUGUAUCAGCCGUAGUGGUAAUAGUAGAAGUAGUAAUGGUGGAAGAGGAGAUACCGUUCUUGAAGGACGAGAAGAAUCAUCACGAGCAGUUAAACAACUUUGUGAACGUGCGAAUAUCACUUACCGUGAAUUAUAUAGGGAAGGAAAUGAACUUUUCUCCAAAGACCAAGAAAAACAACAACCUAUGAGACAUGAAAGUGGUAUAGUAAAAGGAAAUUUGCUUAAUGUACUUGGAGAUAUUCUUCGUAUACCAGAAGAUCGAUUUGCCCUUUCUAAUUCUCCAUUGGCAUCACGUGCGCUUGAACAACUUUUACCUUUGGUAUUAGAUCCUUUUGAUUCUAUAAAUCAUCAUGCUUUUUAUUUAAAACAUACAAUUCCUUCUACUUUUAUGAAAUUGGAUGCUGCCGCAAUUCAAGCUUUACAUAUUGUUCAUCAAAAACCAGAAGCUCGAGGAUCACUUCCUACUUCUGUUUAUUCAUGGUUAAAUCGCUGUGCCACUGGUAUGGGAUCAAGAAUGAUGCGACAAUGGUUACUACAACCACUACGCAAUGUUGAAGAUAUUAAUCAACGAUUAACUCUUGUGGAAAUAAUGGUGGAAAAUCCUAUUCUACGUGAUACACUUCUUUUACAAGUUUUGCGACGAUGUAGUGAUAUGGAUCGAUUAAAUCGAAAACUUCAACGUCGUACUAUUGCUUUAAAAGAUAUGCAAUCUAUUCUUAAUUUUGUUAAUACAAUCCCUCAAGCAAUACAAGUACUUCGAAUGUAUCAAGGAGGACGCAAUAGUAAAUUACUUAUGGAUGAAUAUAUUGCUCCUUUAGAGGAUAUUAAUGAACAUCUCACAAAUUUACGUACCCUUAUAGAUGCUACUGUAGAUCUCUCAGAUGAAAAUAUCGCUCGUAUAAAUCCUGAGUUUGAUGAUGAUCUAAUUACAUUGGAAGAACAAAGAAAAAAACUUUCUAAAACUAUUGAAGAAGAACAUAGACGUACAAUGAAACAAUAUCAAUGGACAGAAAAACAAUUAAAAUGUGAGUAUCAUUCAUCUUAUGGGUACGUUUUUCGUGUAACACGUAAAGAAGAUCAACAAGUACGAACAAAUAAAGAACUUAUUACAGUGAGUACAUCUAAAGAUGGUGUACGUUUUGUAUCAAAACAUUUAUCUUUAUUGAGUGAACAAUAUAGGGGUAUUCGUAAAGAUUAUGAUAUUCGUCAACAGGAGCUUAAACAGAAACUUGUAGAAACGGUUGUGACGUAUUUACCUGUUCUUGAUGAUGCUAAAGAGUUAAUUGCUGCCUUAGAUGUUUUUGUAGCAUGGGCAUUAGUGGUAAAAGAUUCACCACGACCUAUGGUUCGACCAACUGUUCAUCCUCCUUCUAAUGAGGAAGGAAUAAGUAAUGGAAGUAAUGAGGAUGGUAGUGGAAAUCUUCUUACCUUAAUAGAUGUCCGUCACCCACUUGUUGAACUUCGUCAACCUAGCUACACACCUAACACGGUACAUCUUACCAAUAAUGCGAAUGCCCUUAUUAUUACAGGUCCCAAUAUGGGUGGUAAAUCCACUUUUAUGCGUAGUGUUGGUAUAUCGGUUGUACUUGCGCAGGCGGGUUGUUUUGUGCCGGCCUCCUCCGCCUCUGUGGUGGUGCGGGAUGCCGUUCUCUGCCGGGUGGGGGCGACGGACCACCUCGCGCAGGGCCUCUCGACCUUCAUGCUGGAGAUGCUGGAGUCCGCGGCCCUCCUCGCCGCCGCCACCCCCAGCGCCCUCGCCAUCGUGGACGAACUCGGGCGCGGCACCUCCACUUAUGAUGGAUUCGGCCUCGCCUGGGCCAUCGCUCAGGCAGUCGCCGUGAAGGCAAGAGCCGCUUUACUCUUCUCCACACACUUUCACGAAAUGACGCAACUCGCAGGGCAACAUGCAAAUGUGCGGAAUGUGCACUUUGGGGCGGACGUGGAUGCAAGUAAUAAUGGGACACUGCGCUUUUCAUACAAACUGGAACCAGGACCGUGUGGACGUAGUUACGGCUUGUAUGUGGCCCAACUCGCUAAUCUUCCAGAGGAGGUGGUGCAGGCGGCCAAACAAAAAGCCGCAGAAUUGGAAGAUUUUGAACAGGAUGAAGAACAACAACGGGCCCAUGCACGUCUCGCUUCUGCAUCUCCACAGAUAACGGAUAGAGUCACGUAUUACGCGAAACGCAUUCGUGAGUUAGAGAACGGUAACAAGGCUGCUGGUGAAGACAAUGAGUUGGCACGACAGCAGCUGCGUCUCGAAAUUCAGCAGGAUCCGUUAGUGUCCCCACUCUUUGGGAACUAA